AUUGGUCGCAGGGGAAAUAUGGCGCUGUCCGCGUAAUUGUGAAAACAUCAUGAAAAAAACUUCAAUCUAGUGUUUCGCAGGCAGGGCAGAGUGUGUUUUACGCUUUUUGGUGUAAAAUACGCCGUGCUGCAGUUAUAAUUUCGCCGCCCGUAUUGUCCAGAACGGCCAAAAUCAGCUAUGGGGUUUUCUCUACAUUAGCUACGUCGGCUUGCUAACAAACCUGCUAGCAUACAGUUAUAUCUUGCAUUUAAACAGAAGGCUGUCAACCCAAAACGACCACAACAUGCCUGCCUUCCGGCAAGUGGGAGAGAAGCAGCUUCCUAACCCUGUCCUGUGUAUGGCAUGGUCUCCUAAAAGGGAUCUGAUUGCUCUGGCCAACACAACUGGAGAGUUGCUGCUACACCGCCUGGCUAGUUUCCAGCGUGUUUGGAGCUUACCUCCCAGUGAGUGCACUGGGAAAGAGAUCACUGCACUUGCCUGGCGACCUGAUGGCAAAAUAUUGGCCUUCAGCCUCGGAGACACUAAGCAGGUGGUCCUGUGCGGUGUUGAGAAGGCAGAGAUCCUCCACGUGUUUCCAAUGCAGCACCCUGUGACCUGCAUGCACUGGAUGGAGGUGACAGAGGAGAACAGCGCCCUCAGCUCUUUCUACAACUCAGAGGAUGAAUCCAAACUUUUUCUUCCAAAAUUACCAACACUGCCCAAGAGCUACAGCACAACUUCAAAAAUCUUCAGUGAGGAAAAAUCGGACGAGAUAAUGAAUCUCCUUGGAGAAGUCAGGCUGAAUGUACUUGUUCUUGGAGGAGAUGCUGGCUUUGUGGAGCUUUAUGCCUAUGGGAUGUACAAGAUAGCAACUUUAACAGGGGUAUCAGGAACCUGUCGCAGUCUGAGUUUGUCCAGUGAUCUUAAGUCUUUGUCCGUCAUCACAGAAGUCAGGUCUGCUGACAACAACCCUGAGAUCUGCUACAUUCAGUUAGACACAGGGUUGUUAUCAGACUGUCUGUCUGAGGUAACCAGGAUGGCACGCAAGUUCACCCACAUCUCCACCCUGCUGCAGUACCUGCACCUCUCGCUCACAUGUAUGUGUGAAGCCUGGGAGGACAUCCUCAUGCAGAUGGAUCUCAGACUCACUAAGUUUGUUCAGGAAAAGAACACAAACACUCAAGUUCAAGAUGAAUUUCUGGAGCUCUUGUUGUGGGGACAAUCAAGUCCUGAAUUGCAGGCUCUUCUCAUGAACCAGCUGACUGUUAAGGGCUUGAAGAAGCUCGGCCAGUCCAUUGAGUCGUCUUACUCCAGUAUCCAGAAGCUGGUGAUCAGCCACCUGCAGAGUGGCUCUGAGGCUCUGUUGUAUCACCUGAGCGAGGUGAAAGGCAUGUGCCUGUGGAAGCAGAAGUUCGAGCCCCUCGGUCUGGAUUCAGCAGCUAUAGAAGGUGCCAUCACAGCAGUGGGUUCAUUCUCUCUGAAAGCCAAUGAACUUCUGCAGGUGAUUGACAAGAGUAUGAAGAACUUUAAGGCCUUUUUUCGCUGGUUGUACGUGGCUAUGCUAAGGAUGUGUGAGGAGCAUGUACCUCCAGAACUCAAUAAGAUGACUCAGAAGGACAUUGCCUUUGUUGCUGACUUCCUGUCUGAGCACUUCAGUGAGAAUGAGGAACUUUUUGAUCGCAAAGGGAAGUACUUCAACGUAGAACGAGUUGGUCAGUACCUUAAGGAUGAGGACGAGGACCUUGUGUCUCCGCCCAACACUAAGGGGAACCAGUGGCUGAAGUUUUUACAGGAGAGCACGCACCUGAAGGAGAGCCCUUUGCUGUUCCCCUCAUUUCCCCAAAAGUCUUUGCACUUUGUCAAGAGGAUGAUGGAGAGUGUGAUCGAGCAGUGUCUACAGAAACCUGCGGAAGUGAUUGGAAAGUCUGUAAAACAGGCCGUCUUCUUGCCCCUGUACACCGUGCAAGAGAGGUAUGAUCUUGUGUCUCACUCUGAAAACACUCCACGACUUUUUGAACUUCCAUCUUUGUGGAAUGACAAGAAAGCCAAAAUGCACUAUGUUUUGUUCUGCAUGCCAGAGGUUUCACCCAGCAAACUCUACCUAUUACGCAAAGGAACAGAUCCAAACAGACACAUCCCCAACAGCGUCAUGUCCAUUGACCUCAGCCACCAUCUUGACAACACAGACGAUGAUAAUGCUACAGCCCAGCCUAAUUAUGUAUACAGCUGCCUGGAUGCUCGUUUCUAUGACGAUGAAAUGCUAACUGUGGUCUUGCAAGGAUCGGAAGAAGAGAACAGAAAGCGCGUCCUGGCUCAGCUUCCUCUAGCUUCAGCCCUGAGCUGUGAGACUGAAUUCAAUUGGCAGACUAACCUGAGGUUGGACCAGCAGAGUGAUGCCAUCCCCUGCCAAGAACUAGUGUUGGGGAAUCAGUGGCGGGAACUGGAAAGCAUGAAGGCCCAGUUUGUUGCUGUCAAUGGAAUCCGCAAAGUGGCCUGUGUGCUAAGUGCCAAUCUGAGGCACAUUCGCGUUUUUGAGAUGGAUGUGGAGGAUGAAGAUGAUGAGGGAGCAGACUCGCAGAACGCCAGUGCUGACCAGGAUGGGCUCGACGCCUCUAUGACAAGCCAGGGGCCGGGGGAGGAGAGUGUGGAGGCUGAAGAUGAAGGUGGAGAGCAGAAGGGGGCAGUGUUCCAAAAAACUGAGGAGCAUUUGGAGUCGGAGGAAGCCCUUGAACUCUCUUAAGACUCAGACACAGAUACAAGUGACAUAAAAAAACACAUGUUGCUCCACCUAUAGGCUUGUUGCAAAGCAUUCUUUAAACACAUUUGGAAACAUGUAUAACAUUUGUAUAUGAAAAUAAACAUAUUUGUGCUCACA